AUGCUGCCUCGUCCGCCCCAUGGCGAAGAUAGUGAAGCGCAGCCUCUAUUAAUCGACCGGGCAAUCAACACCCGCGCGCGCCCCGGCCGCAAACCCAAGUGGGAGCGCACUUUAGUCGUGAUCAUCGGUGGAGUCGUGACCUCCGCGUCCCAAUUUGGGACCUAUCUUGCUAUCCCCGCGCAGACGGCCAUCUUCGAGCAGAUCGUCUGCAGGAAGUACCUGCAGCUCCAGGACCCGUGGAAUAACCCUGACCCGGCAGGAAAUGUGGAUUUCUGCAAGUCAGAAGAAGUUCAGAGUGAAUUGGCUCUGAUUUUAGGGUACAAGAAUGGACUGGACAUGAUUCCAUCUAUCCUCCUCUCCCUUCCCUAUGGAAUCCUGGCAGAUCACUGGGGACGAAGACCUGUCGUCCUUCUCUCCGUCCUGGGUGUUCUCUUAGGCGAGAUAUGGCUUCGCUUUGUGGCCAUGUGGUCGAACGUGCUGCCCCUUCGUUUAGGCUGGCACCGGUUUGGCAAAUUAUCGGCGGGGGGGGAUCAAGUCACUACAGCGAUAUCAUUAGUUCUGGUCGCGGAUGUUUGCACCGAAGAGAAUCUGUCAACGACUCUGUUCCGCCUUUCUGCAUGUUCCCGCAUUGCAGAGAUGCUGGCUACCACAGCCAGCGCCUACCUGAUGACUCUCACCCCAUGGCUAUCCUACAUGCUGGCGCUUGCAAUAAUGCUUGUCGGCUGUCUUCCUUCCUUGCUGCUGCCCGAGACAUUGAAAAGCGACCAGGCGGAGGAUCCCAUGAGCUCUGAGCUGCUUAGCGAGGAACCUGUAGGACCCAGGGAGCCACCUAAAUCGUCGAUCUUACUAUCUUUAUGGCAUAAAGUGCGCGGAAUCAAGGAAGCGACCCAGCUCAUCUGGGACGACAGAAACAUUGCUUUGAUCAUUCUGGCUGUUUCUGCCAGUAGCUUUUCGACAAAUUCGGAACUGAUGAACAUUCUCCUACAAUUCGCAUCGAAAAAGUUCAAGUGGAGUAUCUCUCGCGUACGCGCUAUGUCCGAUUUCAAACUGCCCUUCAUACUAAUUGGGUCCCAGGCGAGUCUACUGAUAUCCAUCCGCGGAAUUUUCUGCACCGUCAACUUCCUGCUAUUAAUGCCGACGUGGAACUACCUGGCCGCCAGAUUCCUCGACUUGCACGGGAAAUACCGCGACUACGUGACAAGCCAGGGAAGUGGAGUGCUCCUUGUCGUCGGCUUCACCCUCAUGGCCUUGGCGCCCAAGCCAGAGGUUUUAAUCCUAGGAAUCAUCGUCAUGUCUCUGGGCACAGCGUUGAUAAUGGCCAGUCGCAGCUUGGCUACCGAGUUCAUUGCCUCAAAUCACGUUGGCACGUUAUUUGCAGUAAUUGCUAUCCUGUGUUCGAUUGCUAACCUGAUCGCGAGCCCACUGAUGGCCUACCUCUUCAAACUCGGCAUGCACAUGGGGGAGGCGUGGAUGGGCCUUCCAUUAUUACUCGGUACUUUGCUCACAUCGAUCGCCACGAUCGCCGUCUGGCAAGUCCGCCUGGAUGGCAGCUCGCCUCCUAAACCGGUUCAGGAAGACGAAGAUACAGACACUCGAGCACCGCUGGUGCCCUCAGAGCUUCCGAAUGAAUAG